AUGGCGCCCUCUCGCUCCCCGGAGCCCGUAUCAGACGGCUCUCACGAGCCCUCAGACUCCUCAGACGUUGAGCAAACGGAGCUGCAAAAUCGCGCGCCCAAAAGAAGACGCCUAUCGGAGUCUUCAGUGGACUCCUACGUUGCUCCGGCGCCGCUCCCCACCCUCUCUCGUAUCAAGAAGAAGGAAGCAAAAGAUGAUAAGCCUGCCACAACCACGGAAAAUGACAACCCUGUCUUGAUUCGUGAUGCCCUUGAAAUUGGACUGCAGGAUGAGGAGUCUUCGUUCAAAGCCCUCAAUGUUUCGCCGUGGUUGGUGGGCUCCCUGACGACUAUGGCGGUUAGAAAGCCCACGGCCAUUCAAAAAGCCUGUAUACCGGAGAUUCUGAAGGGGAGAGAUUGCAUUGGAGGUAGCCGGACUGGUUCCGGAAAGACAAUUGCCUUUUCGGUGCCUAUCUUGCAGAAAUGGGCGGAAGAUCCGUUUGGCAUCUUCGCAGUUAUCCUAACUCCCACAAGAGAGCUUGCGUUGCAGAUCUACGAACAAAUCAAGGCGAUCUCGGCACCUCAGAGCAUGAAGCCACUUUUGAUCACCGGAGGAACAGAUAUGCGAUCUCAAGCGCUUGCUCUCUCGCAGCGGCCCCAUGUUGUGAUUGCGACACCCGGUCGACUCGCAGACCACAUCAAUACAUCCGGUGAAGAUACGGUGCGUGGACUGAAGCGCGUCCGCAUGGUCGUUCUUGAUGAAGCCGAUCGACUUCUGGCUCCUGGUCCCGGAAGCAUGCUUCCUGACGUAGAGACCUGUCUAUCCGCUCUCCCACCGUCCAGCGAACGUCAAACGCUCUUGUUCACCGCAACAUUGACCCCCGAAGUGCGCGCUCUCAAGUCCAUGCCUAGAGCUGAGAACAAACCGCCGGUCUUUGUUACUGAGAUCUCGACCGAGAAUAAAGGCACAAUCCCUCCAACGCUCAAACAAACUUACCUCAAGGUCCCCAUGACGCACCGCGAGGCCUUCUUACACGUGCUCUUGUCUACAGAAGGGAACUCCACUAAGCCGGCUAUCAUCUUCUGCAAUCAUACUAAGACCGCCGAUCUGCUGGAGCGGAUGCUUCGCCGCCUCUCCCAUCGAGUCACCUCACUACAUAGUCUUCUACCCCAGUCCGAACGUAACUCUAACCUCGCGCGUUUCCGUGCUUCCGCUGCCCGGGUCCUGGUAGCGACCGAUGUCGCGUCCCGUGGUCUGGAUAUCCCGUCGGUCAGUCUGGUGAUCAACUUUGAUGUACCGCGCAAUCCGGACGACUAUGUCCACCGUGUCGGUCGUACCGCUCGUGCGGGACGGCAAGGUGAAGCGGUUACCCUAGUUGGACAACGAGACGUACAACUGGUGCUAGCGAUCGAGGAGCGAGUAGAACGACAGAUGGAAGAAUGGAGCGAGGAGGGCGUCAGCAUUGAAGGACGGGUGGUGCGCGGUGGCGUGCUCAAGGAAGUUGGGGAAGCUAAACGAGAAGCUACUGGAGAGAUUGAGGAGGGCCGCGAUGUGUUAGGGCGGAAGCGGAAUAAGCUGAAGAAGGUACGGUAG